CACACCUUGAAGUGACCGUUAGAUCUUGUUACGUGGUAUUAAUUACGUAAAAGAAUAUCAAAAGGCCAUUGUUUGGAAACGUCAGUGAGUUUUAUGUCUCUAUACCAAAUAAGUGUUCCUCUGCUAGAUGAUUUUGUGUUUGUCUCUGCCCCAGGUGGAACAUUGGGAGACCAUGUUUCUGUACAACAAGCAGCGAGAGGCGGGAACCCCGGUCAUUAUAGACAGUCUGACGGGAGUCUACAGCAAGCGGGAGUACAAUAGCUCCAGCCAGAGUUGUGAGCUGACAGCCAUGUCGGAGGAUGAGAUCAGCCAGGUCACAACAGCUGACGGGUAUCACCGCAGAACAACAUUAGUCAACAAACAGCUCCCGGGACCUACCAUUGUGGUGUGGAAGGGGGCGCAGGUGGCUGUUACUGUGAGGAACAAACUGAUACAGGAAGGCGUGGCGAUCCACUGGCAUGGUAUCACCCAGCAUAACACACCCUGGAUGGACGGGGUGGGCAGCGUGUCACAGUGUCCUAUCAGUCCUGGGGAGAGCUUUACUUACAGGUUCACUGCGUCUGAAGGCGGGACCCACUGGUGGCACGCCCACCUGGGCACCUUCAGAACGGACGGACUGUACGGGGCGCUUAUAGUACUGGAGAACGACACUUCGUCAAGGCCGCCCCUGCCAGUGUUUCAUCAGGAGUUUGUGAUGCUGCUGCACGACUGGCAGAGAGAGGACUCACUGGACACGUACCUGCGGGUGGAGUGGGAGGCAACCAGGUUUUCUCACGGCUAUGGAGACACCAAUACGUGUAGGAAGAGACUAACACAGGCUGACGGCACGGACCUGGGACCGGUCCAUUUUACCUCAGGCCUCAUCAACGGAAAAGGUCGUAGCUAUGACGACAACGACAAUGCGGAGAACAGAUUCGUGCCUCUGGAGAAGUUCAAUGUGGAUGGGAACAUGACGUAUCGCUUCCGGGUCAUCAGCGCAGCCAUGAUGUUUCCCUUCCGGGUGUCCGUGGACCAGCACGAGUUGACCUUGAUCGCCACGGACGGAGACAGGAUCCUUGAGCAGACAGCGGAGUCGUUCAUCAUUAACACAGGCGAGCGGUACGAUUUCUACAUCACAACCGACCAGACUCCUGGUAACUACUGGAUCCGUUCGGACACCAUCGAACUGUAUGCAGAAAAUAUGCCGGUGAACAGACAACACCCAUACUGAGGCUAUACUACAUUAUGAAGGAGCUCCAGAC